AUGCCUCGCGCAUCUUCGACCGGUGGUCUCAGUCCAACCAACACACUAGACCUCGGGUCGCAUCCUAGACUGAGUCGUAACAAACAUUUACGAGUCUCUCGUAGAGCACCCCAGGUUAUCUCGCAAAACUCUGAACCGGUCUUCCCAUCACAUAAGAGAGAGCUUGACUCAGCUACCACAAGGCAGCGUACUGAGACGGUGAUCAGCACAUGGUUCAGGCAAUUGGUUCAACCGAAUUGUAAAGCAAAUGAUUCUCAGCAUUUCGGGCCAUGGUAUCUUCGUAUUGAGGGCAACGGCCCCAGAACCAUAGCUCUCAAGCCUGAUAGAAAGCGAUCGAAGUCUUGA